UGACGAGUGCAGCAUGGAGGAGGAACGCCGGGGCUGCUCUAUAAUUUGUAUUGUAGUAAUUUUUUAAAAAAAACGUUGCAGUUGUGAGAGUCGAGUGAGUAAUUAUUUCAGCGUGCUGUUUGGGACAGGGAGCCGGCUUGGAUUAACAGCUGAGAGGCGCAGGGGGAGGGAAGGAGGGAAGUGUGACUACUCCCUGAGACAAGUAGCGAAGUGAAUGGAGCCGGCUUGUUCCAUACAUUCACCCCAUGGAUUGAUGCUGUGAUAACGUCCAUAAAGAGAAACAGAAAAGGAAACGAGAAAGAGAGAGAGAGAGGGGGAAUCAAUGAAAGGCUGGGACAUGAAAUGUAAAAAAAAGACCAUUGCAGCGCUGCAAAAGGGCGAGUGAGUGACAGAGAAGUGGCAACAAGGCAAGUGGAAUUGCACGAAGACCAAAGUCAUUUGCAGUCCCUGGGAAACCGAGGACUUAAAAAAAGGGAACGAACACUGGAGAGGUCAAAGAGGACGGCGAGGACUGGAGAGCACCAACUGAAAAAACAGACUUGAUUUUGUUCAAGAAUUCUCUUGCUCCCCAAGCACAGGGCCGUAACACAGACCACAAGCAGCACAAGGUCAUGUAGCUCGGCUGGUGACCCGUGCAGGAUACAAGUUUUUACACGUAAUGCUGUGUGUUGAGGGUGCCAGAAGGGUCACAGAGCUGGGAUUGGGUUUCAGCCUCCCUGAUCAAGGUACCAGCGCUCGUCCUAUCAAUGGCAAUUUCCUUGACCCUGUGAAACCUGUCAAGCUGGACGCCACAGCUUUCAGUGAAAACGCCUCGGCUGACGCCCUGUCCGCCUCAGAGACACUUGAUUGCCUGUUUCUAGCCUGUGGCACAGGCACCGAUGAGGUGCACUACGUGAGUGAGGCAGUUUGCCCAGAAGAUGCUUCCUGUAGUGAUGCACACAGGGAUGCCUGCACCAUUACUGAUGUGUGCAACAGUACUGACCUUCCAGAAGUUGAAAUCAUUAGUCUACUGGAAGAGCAACUGCCUCAUUACAAGCUAAGAGCUGAUACAAUUUAUGGUUAUGAUCACGACGACUGGCUUCACACCCCUCUCAUUUCUCCAGAUGUUAAUAUUGAUCUCACCAAUGAACAAAUAGAAGAGACACUAAAAUAUAUGCUUCUAUGUGCUGAAAGAGUGGGCCAGAUGACUAAAACGUACAAUGAUAUAGAUGCUGUCACACGUCUGCUAGAAGAGAAAGAGCGUGAUCUAGAGUUAGCUGCACGGAUUGGUCAGUCUUUGCUAAAGAAGAACAGGACCCUUACUGAGAGGAAUGAACACCUUGAAGAGCAGGUGGAACAUGCCAGGGAGGAGGUUUCCCAACUUCGUCAUGAGCUGUCAAUGAAAGAUGAGUUACUACAAUUCUAUACCAAUGCAGCAGAGGAAAGUGAGAGUGACUCAACUUCCUCCACACCGUUGAGACGAAUUGAGUCUACCUCAUCUGUACAGACUUAUUUUCAUUUGGACUCUCUACAAAGGAAGCUGAAAGAUCUGGAAGAGGAAAAUGUUGUUUUAAGAACAGAGACUUGCCAUCUGCAGACUGAGACCAUUUCAUAUGAAGAGAAGGAGCAGCAACUUGUGAAUGACUGUGUGAAGGAACUAAGGGAUGCGAACAUUCAACUGGUGAACCUGGCAGAGGAAUUGGCAAAGAAGACUGAAGACACAGCACGGCAACAAGAGGAAAUUACCCAUCUUCUCUCGCAAAUAGUUGACUUGCAGAAAAAGGCCAAAGCUUAUGCGGUAGAAAAUGAGGAACUUACUCAACAUUUGAGUGCAGCUAAAGAUGCCCAAAGGCAGCUCACAGCUGAGUUGCGGGAGCUGGAGGACAAAUAUGCAGAGUGUAUGGAGAUGUUGCAUGAGGCACAGGAGGAAAUAAAGAACCUGCGGAACAAAACCAUGCCAAACAGCACACCGCGACGUUACCAUUCACUGGGCCUCUUCCCUUUGGAUUCUUUAGCAGCUGAAAUUGAAGGGUCGAUGAGGAAAGAACUCCAGAUGGACAACUCACCUGCCCAGGAGCAAAAACAUCAGCAGAAGCGAGUGUUUGAAACUGUGCGCACGGUGAAUCAAGCGGUGAGGCAAAGAUCCCAGGCACCAUCACCAAUGAAUAUCCCAGGAUCUAACCAGUCCUCUGCAAUGAACUCUGGCUUCUCGAGUUGUGUCAGCACUCCCCGGUCUAGCUUCUAUGGUAGCGACAUCACCAACAUAGUCAUAGACAACAAGACUAACAGCAUCAUUUUAGAAACUGAAUCGUCUGAAAUAGGAAAUGAGGACAAAGAUAAGAAGCUAGGGCAACCAGGGACCCCUGGCUCCAGGGAUUUACAGGCAGCUCUUCGGCGUCUCUCUCUUAGGCGAGAGAACUACCUCUGCGAAAGGAGAUUUUUUGAGGACGAGCGGGAGAGGAAGUUGCAAGAGUUGGCAGAAAAGGGGGAGAUCUCGAGUGGCUCUGCAACGCCGACGGAAAGCAUCAUGUCUUUAGGAACCAACCUCUCUGGAAUAUCUGAUUUCACAAGGUUUUCAGGAAUGUCUUUCAGCAGCCGGUCAUACCUGCCAGAAAAACUGCAGAUUGUGAAGCCCUUGGAAGGUUCAGCAACUUUGCACCACUGGCAGCAACUGGCCCAGCCAAACCUGGGAGGAAUCCUUGACCCACGGCCUGGUGUUGUCACCAAGGGCUUCAGGCCUCUGGAGCUGGACACUGAGCAAGUGUACCACUUAACAGAUUACGAAGAAGAUGAACCCGGUGACCCUUCUUUCCGGGGUCUAGCUACCUCAACCCCGGUACAGCACAGGGAGGCCUCAGGUGAGAGGUCGAAUGCACAAGUGCCUGUAUCACACAGCAAGACGUUAGUGAUGCAGUGUCAGCCAAACACAGUGGAUUCACAGGAGUCAGCGGACGGUGAUGAGGCUUCUGUUCACUAUCCUGGUAAAUGUAUGUCCCACACCAGCUCCACCUUUACCUUCACAACCUGCCGCAUUCUCCACCCCUCUGAUGAACUCGCACAAGUCACUUCAAGCGUUCACUCUGCGCCUGCUCCAGCUUGUGGGAUCUUGAGUAAUGUAAAAUCGACUCCGGUUGGUACUCCAUGCACACCUCGACGCCUGAGCUUGGCUGAAUCCUUUACUAACCUGCGGGAAGGCACUACCACAAUGAGCAUCUCUUUGGGCUUGGUCAAAUUGUUGAAGGAGCGAGGAAUCUCGGCGGCCGUGUACAAUCCAUACAGCUGGGACAGGAUGGGCCUCAACAGCAGCGCUAACCUUUACACUCCCAAACCAACUACUGUACCCUCCACCCCUCCCAACUCACCAUUGUAUUCAGUGUGCCCUUCUCUGUCUCCUUUUGAAUGUAAGGGCACUUGCAGUCAUUAUGACAAUUUCCUAGCCUCCAAGCCAGCCAGUUCCAUGUUAAAGGAGAUGAGAGGGGACAAACCAGUGAGGCACAGUGAAAGCCAGACAGAUGUGAGCAUCUCCAAAAUCAACCUGGUUGACAAAGUGAAAAGGCUUGGCAUUGCCAAAGUAGUUCAGCCAGGCAUCACACCCGUACGUGAGUCUUCAGUGAUGGAUGAGAAGGGGCCCCUGCUUAACAGGGCCCAAGGAUCAAUGAAUGCUUUUGCCCAGGGCACUUUGGUGGGUGAGAGCCUUGGGUUGGGUUGCACCCAGGUGGUCACAGGUGCUAUUGGAGGGAUUCAGCUAAACACUGGUAUCCGAAGGAAUCGCAGUUUCCCCACUAUGGUGGGUGCCAGCAUGCAGAUGAAAGGACCUGCUCCAAUGAGUUCAGGAAUUCUUAUGGGAGCCAAAAUACCCAAACAGACUAACCUACAAUGAAGGUUAAAUGCAGUGUUGAUCAACUACCGAUAAACUGAAUUUCAGUGUUUGAUACAUUGACUUUAGUGCCUGAUAGGAGUAGAACAAACUUUGUAUAAUUAUGUACAUAGGUUUAUGGUCUGAAAUUCAUUGUAAGCAACUUAUUUAAUUUAAGGUCCUAGCUAUACAUAUGUGUAUAUAUAUAUUAAGGAAGUACUCUUCUGUGAUUUGAAACAUGCACUCACAUUGAAGUGGAUGUUCUAAGAAUAACUUUUUAAUUAAGGCAGGUAGAUUGAAUUUUGCACUGUAUAUUGAUAAUUUGACUACACAGUACAAUCGGAGACUGGAGCAGCUGCUUUGUACUAACUAUGCAGUCCAUACCAGUGUAAUCGCUGUGUACCUGUUAUGGACAUGCAGAGUUACAGAGGAAAUUGUUUUAACUAAUGCACUGUAUUUUAAAGAAAAAUUAACUUGUUUCAUUGUAAGAAGCAUCAUUUUUAAACUGUAUGUUUUUGCUAUCAACUUGAAAUGUUGUUAUGAUGGCCACAUUUAUCCAUAUACCGAGCUCCUUGUUGAAGGACGCUAACUAUAGUUUGUAGGUGUGUGCAAUGGAGUACAGUUAGCACUAGUAAUUAUUACAGAAUCCAGUGUUUGUGUGACUUUUAUAUUUACUUGAAUUGAUGCACGGUGUGAGGGGGGGGUACCUUAAAUGCAAAAUUCCCAUCUGCACUGUUAGUUGUAAAUACAAGUUUCUGUCAAAAUGUUCACAAGCAACAGCCUUCAGGCCCCUUUGAAUCUGAGUUUGUUUUCUCUGACUGAGGUGACCCACCAUGGUCUGAUGUGCAUUUAUUCUAUAUAUUUUGGAAACAAAUAGGCCUAUUACUGCAUGUGUGUUAAAUGCCUCCUUAUGAUUUCACACUGUGCAAUUUUUUUUUUAAAGUGAAUACUAAUAUUUUGUUUAGGCCAUGUUGUGUGUGCACAUUGGUUUCCAGUGAGUUGAAUUUCCAUUAAUUCGGAGGGGAAAAGCAUUUUUGAAUGCGCUGGAUGACAUAGCUGACCUGAUAUGGUUCCCUAUAUUGUAGGUCACUAUUGGUCGAUUAGCCCAUCUACCGAAGGGAAAUUCCAACAGCAGAAACAUACAAUCAAGGGGACUUUCUCCACAAAUCAGGGCUCUCACACACACACAUAUACACACACAGGACGUAUUAACACUUUUAAGAUUGGGGUCUAAUGUAUGAGCAAGUUACAACAGUAUCUGUUCGUCUACUGAUGAGUUGGAAUAAAUCAGUGUAAACUGCCA